CGUCAUUCUUAUGAUGGCAGAGUGGAUGAGCCUGUCUGGGGAGCUAGAUUUUUUUUUCAUUUAGCUCCACCCAGAUACUUGGUCGCUGCUAGGAAAGACUCUGACAAGCAAGUUUUCACUCAGGAAAACUUGGACAGCUUCUAUAAGAGGUGUUCACUCUGAACUAGAGUGGAGGAGCUUGCUAGUUAUCUAGAUCAGCACAGGACUACUGGGACUACUUAAAUAUCCUUGUUUCUUAAUUAGUGAACCAAAGUGCUGAUCUAAUAACUUAACUUGAAGUCUCCAUAAAACACGACGAGGUCCAAAAAUUGUUUCUCUGCUAAUUUAUCUUCAUCAAAUUAAACCAAUGGACCAUCAGGUGAGCAGUUCCCAGUCUGUCAUCAGCUUUGAUAAAUCUCCUGCCAGCACAUUCAAACCAUCCCAUUCACGGAAUAACAGCACAGGUUCAUCUAAACAUUCAAAACAAGCUCGUAACUGGGAGGUUAUGGAAGAAGCUAGUUCUGUUCCUGGUUCCUCUCUGGACCUCAGUAUCCCUGGGAUCUGUGAGGGUUACCUGAUGAAGAGAAGGAAGUACCCACUGAAAGGCUGGCACAAGAGGUACUUCCUGUUGGAGCGGGGAGUUCUCAAAUACUCAAAAACUCAACAAGAUAUUCAAAAAGGAAAGCUCCAUGGUUCUCUUGACAUCAGCAUGGCUGUUAUGUCUGUGAAUAAGAAGUCCAAACGAAUAGACCUUGAUGCUGGAGACAACCUUUAUCAUCUUAAGGCAAAGAGCAGUGAUAUCUUCUACAUCUGGCUGACGAAGCUGAGUGCCCAUCGUCUUUUUAGAAAAAAUGAAGCAAUGAGUGUUCAUCGUGGAGUUCUUCAUGCUCUCUCCUUGAGCCAGCCAGUUGUGGGCACCAUGACCCAACAAAGCCUAUCAACUCCUCCUCACUACCCCAGCUCAACAUCAAUGGAAGGUCCUGAGAUCAGAAUCACUGCUCCUCCUGCCUCAUAUCCGGGGGUAACCAACAAAGUGUCUGCUUGGCUGCAGCAGACCCACAACAUUGAUGCAACUGCCAAUGACCUGGCUCGGAGUCAAGCAGAGCUGACAGAACUGGUUCAACUCAUACAGAGACUACAGUGGCUCGAAGGAAGCGUCCCUAUCACAAAUACUGACCUUGAGAUGCGCAUCAGCAUGCAGAAUCUCUUUCUAGAGAAACCCAAGAAGAAGUCAGGGAAGGUGGGUCACUCAAGAACUUUAUCCCGUGUUGAAGCCAUGGGUGGAAUGUUUACAUCAAGCCAUCUGAGUACAAACAAUUCCAACAUGGCUGCAUCAGUCCAGUCCAUUCCUGACUAUGUUUACUCACAGCUGUCAAACCCUCAAGUAACCUCACCUGAGGCAAAGAAGCUCCACCAAGACAUUUGUAUGCUUUCACAGAGGGUAUAUGGUUCUCUGAAGUCCAUUCAUGAGGUUUUGACCAUGGAAAGGGAGAGACUGAGACAGGCUUGGACUAGCCCUGACCUGAGGCAGAACACUUCUCAUCAGCUGGCGACACUGUGCACCACAUUGUCUGAGCUAGACAUGCAGUCUCAUCUGACCAAAGUCCAUUCGGUUUCCCUGUCCUCUGGCUCUACUGAAGAUUCCUUCUGCACUGUCUGUACUGAUCAGAGGACACCAUCUAUGGCUCGUCACAGUCGUCGUGCUCCCUCAGUGGCAGAAUCUACAGCAGAAUAUUUUGAUGCCAGUGAGGUGAUAAUGUGUGAGACCUCCUCAGAGGCAGAGGCGUCAGAUGAGUCAGGAUUGAGUGACAUCACUACUACCAGCAACUCUGAGCCUGAAGAAGGUCACUCUGCUGCCACUCUAAACUACAGAGAAAGUCUAAAGACAGCAACGGACAAACCCAGUCUGGUGCCCUCAGAUACAGGGCGUCGCACCACUCUUCCUUCCCCCUGCGCAGACAACAGUCACAUUGGCAUUAUGACCAUCCUGUACAAUAACAUUGGCAAGGACCUGUCCAGAGUGUCAAUGCCAGUGGCUCUUAAUGAGCCACUGUCUUUGCUUCAAAGACUUAGUGAAGAGCUAGAGUACUCUGAGCUGCUGGACAUUGCCAAUAAUACUGAUGACCCAUAUCAAAGAAUGGUGUAUGUGGCAGCGUUUUCCAUUUCUGGGUAUGCCUGGGCAUCUUGGAGAAAUCGCUACAAACCAUUCAACCCCGUCCUUGGAGAAACCUACGAGAAUCACAGGGAAGACAGAGGAUUCUACUACAUCAGUGAACAAGUUAGCCAUCAUCCACCAAUCUCAGCAUGUCAUGCAGAGUCAGAAAAUUUCACUUUCUGGCAAGAUCAGAGAUGGAAAAACAAGUUUUGGGGAAAGUCGGUGGAGAUAAUCUCCUCUGGUCUGGUCAACGUUACGCUCCCAAAGUAUGGGGAUCACUAUGAGUGGAAUAAGGCCGUCACCUGCAUCCACAAUGUACUGAGCCAACAGCGCUGGUUGGAGCAUUAUGGGGAGGUGGUCAUCAGAAACACAAAGAGUGAUGAGUGCACCUGCAAGAUGACCUUUGUCAAGUCUCGGUAUUGGAGCUCAGAGAGCAGUAAGAAUGAGAUCCAGGGAGUUGUUCUGGACCGGGCUGGAGAGGUGGUUCAUCGUUUUGGAGGCUUCUGGCAUGAAGGCAUUUUCUGUGACACUAUGGCCACACCAACAUGCAUCUGGAAACCUAAUGUACAGCCUGAUGACCACUUCCAGUACUAUGGUUUCUCACGCUAUGCCAGAGAACUAAAUGAAAUGACUGCGGACUUGGAAUUCCUCCUGCCCCCUACAGAUGCACGCUUCCGCCCAGACCAGAAGCUCUUGGAGGAGGGGAAAGUGGCUGAGGCGGAUAAAAAGAAAGAUCAGGUGGAAGAAAAGCAAAGGGAGAGGAGGAAGGAAAUGGCCAAGAGAGGAGAGGAGCACAUCCCCAGGUUCUUCAGAAAUGUGCUUGAUGAGGCUGGCAGAGAGGUGUGGCUAUACAAUGGAACUUACUGGAAGAUUCGCCAAGAUCCAGGUUUUUCAAAGACUGAAAAUCUAAACCUGUGGUAGACGUGUGAAGCUGGCCUAAAUCCCAUGGGACAUGAAAUAAAUCCAGUGAGGCACAUCACUGUGAGGCUCUGUAGACUAACGAAGACUGUGUGUUCCCUCUAUUACAUUUAGAAUCAGGAUAGUAUGACUGUUUAUAAAAACAUGAAUUAAUCUUUUGUAUAAAACUUAGAGGGGAGAUGCAACAAUGAAACCAAUUAACCAAAUCAUAUUUUGUUUGAACCGUCUGUAAAGGAGCAUUGUUUUCACUUAACUUGUCUCUACCUUUAUGUCUGAUCUUAAUCGUAUUGAACACAUUUUACUUUCAAGUUUAACAUGGCUAGGGAAGGAUAGUUACAUCACAGCAGAAUCUGCUGAGCUGCACUAUUUUGUUUCUCCUUCAGUGAAUCCUGCAAAUAUAUAUAAGGGUGACAUGUAUUAUUUUAUUUCAUUUGGUUGUGGAAUUGUGAUCUUUUUGUGGUAAUUUGGGUUAUGUUGUAUAUAUUCAAGCCUUAUUAGUUCUUUUGCUUGAAUUAAAUGAAAUACUAGAAUUCUAUGUAACACAUUUACUCUUAGUUGUUGCAGCUUUUACCAAAGUUAAAAUUUUGCAAAAAACCUGAAAAAUCU